AAGGUAGCUGAGAAAGCAAAAAGCCAAUCGGUUCAAGAAAGAGAUAACUUCAAGUACUCGCGAUUCUAUUCCCAGAUUUCUUUAAAAUUUUAUGUUAUUGUAAUUUCUAAUGUUAUUCAUUCACCCAACGCUUCAAAAUUAGCCAACCCGCCAGAAUUGGAUUGAGUUGUUGAAUGGUGAAACAGUCGGUAAUGUUAUGGGAGCUCAGAAGAGCAUUCACGCAGGCAAAGCCAAGAUUGAUGUGAAUGUGGAUUUCACACACAAACUAUGCGCCGGUUUAAUGUUCCAACCUUUGAGGAAUUCUGGGAGUCCAUUUGAACUAGUUAUAGGAAGCCUUUGCAUAAAACACCCAAAUUUAUUCGGCAAGAGUGAGAAGCUUGAUGUUCUGUGGGAUAAAGGUCUCUAUGAUUCAAAUGUCUUGAUAGCUUACAGGAAGCCUAGGCCAGAAUGGCUUUCUCAACAGUCUCUUAUAAUUCAGCAUUCGGUCUCUCCAGAGAUUGGCAUCCAUGGAAUUCCUGUUGACAACUUCUCUCGCUCAGAAAGCGGUGGAGUGAACUUAUCUCGCUUCUCUGCUGGUUUAGAUUUGAGUGAGCCUGCAAGUUCCAACUGGAGUAGCAAAACCAGUAUCAGGUUUGAGCAUGUUCGUCCAGUAAGCGAUGAUGGUCGGCCAAUAAGCAGAGAUCUUCAUGGGUUUCCAGUGACUUGCAGUGGUGGAUAUCAUGAUAGUAUGGUAGUACUGAAACAAGAAUCUCGAUUUGCAAGGGCAAAUGAUCAAAGUUUAACUGAAUUUACUCUGCAAAUAGAGCAAGGGGUUCCUAUUCUUUCUAAGUGGCUGAUAUUCAAUCGUUUCAAGUUUGUCGCAUCAAAGGGAGUAAAACUUGGCCCAGCAUUUCUCUUGACAAGACUUACAGGUGGCUCUAUUGUGGGGGACAUAGCUCCUUAUCAAGCUUUUGCAAUUGGAGGGCUUAAUAGCGUGCGAGGGUAUGGGGAAGGAGCAAUUGCAUCUGGUAGAUCUUGCCUGGUUGCUAAGAGUGAAUUGACAUUUCCUUUUAACCCGAUGAUUGAUGGUGUGGUGUUCUUGGAUUUUGGAUCUGAUUUGGGCUCUGGUCGUCAUGUGCCAGGGAAUCCUACUCUCAGACAUGGAAAACCGGGAACUGGAAUUGGUGUUGGGUAUGGCUUUCGCUUGAAGUCUCGGUUAGGCCAUUUUCACGUGGACUCUGCUGUCAACGCAUUUGAACAGAGAACGCUCUACUUCGGCUUCAGUAAUGUGACCUCAUGAGUUGAUCACAGAGCUUGAAGCUCUUGUUUCUUGAAAGAUAUAUUCUGUUUUGGGUUAAAGGAUGUUGCACAGGAAGAGCAUUAAUUUCUAGGGGGACAGGAAAAUAUAGGGACACUAUUGCUUUGUUUGAAUCCUAAUUGUUUAGAUGAGAAGCUCAUGUCCAUUUGUAUAAUGUACUUCUAACGGUAAACAUUAUCUUAUCCUAUAUAAAACGAACAAUUUAUCUUC